GCUGCAAGAUGUCCGUGCGCGGCGGCCAGCGGCGGGCGCGGGCCGGGACCGGCCUGUCCUGGCUGCUGUGCUGCAGCGUCCUGCUGGGCCCCGCCGCGGGGUACGUGAUCGUGAGCUCCGUGUCCUGGGCCGUCACCGACGAGGUGGACGAGGAGCUGGACAGCGCCUCCACCGAGGAGGCGCUGCCCGCGCUGCUGGAGGACUCGGGCAGCAUCUGGCAGCGCAGCUUCCCGGCCUCGGCUCACAAGGACGGCGCGCACCUGCGGCCCCGGGCCGGCGCCGGCCGCGCCAGGCCGCCCCCAGCCCCGCCGGGCAUGUUCUCCUACCGGCGGGAGGGCGGCCCGGCGCCCGGCGGCCCCGCGGCCCGGAGGCUGAGCCCGGGGACCGCGCGCUUCCUGGCCCACGCCAACAGCUGGGGCUGCCUGGCCACCGUGUCCGCCCAGGAGAAGAUCCAAGGACUGCCGUUUGGAAACUGCCUGCCCAUCAGCGAUGGCCCCUUCAACAACAGCACAGGGGUUCCUUUCUUCUACGUGACCCUCAAGGACCCCGCUGUGGCCGAUCUGAUGAAGAACCCCACAGCCUCGCUGAUGCUUCCGGAAUCCGAAGGGGACUUCUGCAGAAAAAACACCGUCGACCCGGAGGACCCCCGAUGCGCCCGACUAACCCUCACUGGCCAGAUGGCUGUGGUGCCUCCGGAAGAGGUAGAAUUUGCCAAGCAAGCCGUGUUCUCAAGGCACCCAGUUAUGAGGAAGUGGCCUCGCCAGUAUGAAUGGUUCUUCAUGAAGAUGCGGAUAGAACACAUCUGGCUUCAGAAGUGGUUUGGAGGAAUAUCCGACAUCUCAAGGGAGGAGUAUUUCAAAGCAGUUCCAAGAAAGGCCUGAUGGAGUAAGGAAGAAAGUCCUCCAUGUUUGUUUUAAAAUGAAAACCCUUUAAGUGACGCUGCCGGGCAGCCACUGUCGGCUGUCUCCUUGUCAAAGGGGUCAUAGCAGCCCUAUCGUCCUCAUGGCGGAACUAGAGGGGGUGAACAGGGGGCCCUGGGCCGGGCUUGAGAUGGAAGUGGUCAUUUGCAAAUCCUCAGUUCACAUGGGGAGUUCACAUAUAAAGUCUGUGUUUGUGUUGUAUCCAGUCCAGACUCACCUAUUUGGGAGUCAUCACUGGUUGUCAAAAUAACAUGUUGAAAACUUGCUGUUCCAUUCUUUAGGAAAACAAAUUAUGCCUGUGAGUACAAUGUGAUUGUUUUGUAUUGUGAGAGUAUUUUUCUUACUUGUGCCAAAAGCAGUGUCUGGGUUCUCACCUCAUUGUGACCACAAAAGAACUAACUAUGCAUCAUGCAGCUAGAAUGCUGUGUUUAGGGAGAGGGUGGAGGGCAAUUUGUCUAUUGUUUACUCAUCGUGCUGCUGGAUUACAAAUAUAUUAAGUCACGUUCGCUGGAAUGUAUAGAUCACUUAGGAAGCUUUUUCCCACUGUCUCAUGAUGGAUAGCAUGAGAAAAUACAGAGUUUGUACACAGCCCUGCCCUGCGUAAGCCAUGGUGGUGCAUUAAAGAGGAAGGUGACUUCCACAUCAGGUUUCCUCGGUCCCCUGUGCUCAUGCUUCUGACAGAGGGUUCUCCUAUCUCAGGCAUGAGGAGUUGCAUCCAAAAUAAGAAGGAACUCAUUCUGACCUGUGCAGAGGAGACUUCCAGGAGAGGGCAGAGGGGAAAGCUGGGAAGGAAGCAGAGGCAACAAAUAAGACAAGGAAGGGGAGACAGCAGGUGCGACUGAGGGCUCACUCCAAGCCCGGCCCUUUACAGAAGUCAUCUCAUCAGAGCCUUACAUCCAAGGAGAUGUCAGCAUCAGUGCCACUUACAGACGAGGACACUGAGGCUCAGAGAGGGGAAGCCAACUUCCCAAGGGCUGACUUCACCACUCACUGCACAUAAUGGGGGAAGUGGGACCUAGAAGAGGUCCAGUUUUCAUAACAAGACAAAAGAGGUACUCAAAUGCACAGGUAGCCAUUGAACCAGGAGAAUCAGCAGAGUGAUUGUGAAAGAGAAUGAUUAACCUGCCUGGAGAUGAUUUGCCACUGCUUUUGACAAAAAAAAAAAAAGAAAAAAAAAUAGGUCUCUGUAAUUUGAUUCUUACGAGACUUAAUAUUUUCUACAAAUUAUAUGCAGGAUUUCUGCCAGUGUUUGCAAGAACCUGGAAGGCAGUUGUGUACACAUCUAAUGUCUAUGCAUGUCCGAGACCUCUUAUAAAUGAAGUCAGUAAGGGUCUAGCAGAACCCGAGUUUUCUUUCUAUAAUGGCCAUAAACCCUCUUUGUUGGGUUAGUUAUGUUGUAUAAUAUAAAAACACAUCACUAUACAUAAGAAAUAUACAUUCUUAAAAUAAAUAAACUAUUAUUAAGUUACAUUUUUGUUUAAAAUAUGACAAUGUGAAGAGAGUUUCGAGUUGUCAAAAUCCAUUUUCAAGUGCCUGUUGUAUACACAAACUAAAAUGCACUGAAUGCUUGACUUAUCAUGAGCCAAUUCUAUAAAAAGCUCCUAACAAUGGCAAUUUCUAAUACAUAAGAGUAGAUUACCAUUAAAGAUGUUUCAUAUUUUCAGAGUUUAAAAUUAUUGCUACCCCCAAUUUAGAGAUGGAGGGGGACUGGAGGAACAAACCACAUGUGCUCAAAAAUACACCCCAAGAAACCUCAAACCUCAAUUUGCUGAGUCCCGCCGCCUCCUAGUCCUGUCUUACAGGUAACAUCCCUGUGCUAGGCCUGCCUUCGUAAUCACACUCCACUUACCUCGUCAAAGCUCUCCCAGCAAGGGGCUUUGCAGUGUGGUUGUCAUUUAUAACUAUUGGCAAAUGUUAUCCGCUGUUCAUCCAAAUUAAAGGAAAUAAAAUCUGAACAGGUCAGAUGUGACAAGAAUAGUGAUGGAAAUGCAUAGGUUCAAGUCUGCUGGACCCCAUCCAGGCCUGUAAACUUCAGGAAAUCUCUAGAAAUUUACAUUGACUAACAUAUUAACGGCUGAACUAGAAGUUCUAGACACAAAAAAAAAAAUGACAAGAAAAGAAAAUGAAAAGCAAAUGUAUUGGAAAGGACAAAAGAAAAUUAUCCCUAUUUUCAGAUGACAUGGUUGCCUAUGUAGAAAAUCCCAAAGAAUGUAUUUUUAAAAAAAAAAACAACUUAUAGAACUAAUAUGUGUAAUAUGUGUGUAUAGCAAAGUCACAGGAUACAAGGUCAACACACAAAAUUCCAUUGCAUUUCUACAUACUCAAAAUGAAUAUGUGGAAACCAAAAUUUAAAACACAACACUACUUAAAAUCACUCCAAAGAAUAUGAAAUACUUAAGUAAAAACUUAACAAAACAUGUACAGGAUCUAUAUGCUGCAAAUUACAAAAUGCUAAUGAAAGAAAUCAAAGACCUAAGUAAAUGAAGAGACAUACUAUUUUAAUAGACUAGAAAACUCAACAUGGUAGAGUUGUCAAUUCUCUCCAAAUUGAUUUAUAGUUUCAAUGCAAUGUCCUAUUGAAACCCCAGCAAGAUUUUUGUAGACACAAGCCAAGCUUAUUCUGUAAGUUACAUGGAAAGUCACAGGCCAUAGAAUAGCUAAAACUAUCUUGAAAAAGAAGAAUCAAGUAGAAUAAAUCCCUCUACCAAAUAUUAAGUUUUAUUGUAUAGCUAAGUAAUCUAGACAGUGUGGUUUUGGCAGAGACAUAGACAUACAGAUCAACUGAACCGAAUAGAGAACCCAGAGAGAAACCCACGCAAAUAAACCACUGAUAGUUUACAAAAGAGCAAAAGUAAUCCAUUGGGGGAAGGAUUGUAUUUUCAAUAAAUGGUGCUGGAGCAGUGGAGGUCCACAGGCAAAUAAAAUGAACUUUGACUUGCAUCCCAUACCUUAACCAAAAAUUAACUCAAAAUGUAAAUCAAAACUGUUAGGAAAAAAAUAGGAGAAAAUCUUCAGGACCUAGAACUAAGCAAAGAGUUCUUAAAUUGACACCAAAAACACAAUCUAUAAAAGGAAGAUGUGAUAAAAAUAUGACUUCAUCAAAACCUAAAAGUUUUGCUCUACAAAAGACUCUAUUAAAAGGACUAAAAGACAAGCUACAGACUGGGAGAAAAUAUUGCAAACCACGUAUCUGACAAAGGAGUGGCAUCUAAAAUAUACAAAGACAUUUAAAUCUCAACAGUAAAAAACACACAAUUCAAUCAGAAAACAGAGAACAUGAACAGGUCUUUCACUGGAGAGAAUAUAAAAAUGGCAAAUAAGCACAUGAAAAAAUAUUUAACAUUAUUAGCCAUUAGGAAAAUGCAAACUAAAACCCCAGUAAGAUACCACUGUGCACCUACCCAAAUUGCUAAAAUAAAUAAUAGUGACAGCACCAAAUGCUGGCAAGGAUGCAGAGAAACUGGAUCACUCUUGCAUUGCCAGUGGGAAUGUAAAAUGGAAUAGCGGCUCUGGAAAACAAUUUGGCAGUUUCUUAUAAAACUUACCAUGUAACCACCAUGUGACCCAACAGUUGCACUCAUGGACAUUUAUCCCAGAGAAAGGAAAACUGAUUUUCACACAAAAACCUGUACAUGACUAUCCAUAGCAGCUUUAUUCAUAAUGGUCAAAAACUGACAAUAACCCAGAUGUCCUUUAAUGAGUGAAUAGUGAAACAAAUCUAGUGCCUCCAUGCUGUGGAAUAUUACUCGGCCAUAAAAAGGAACAAACGUGAGAAAAGCCAAUCCCCAAAGGGUAUAUUCUGUGUGAUUCCACUUAUGUAACAAUUUUGAAAUGGCAAAAUUAUAGGAACAGAGAACAGAUUAGGGGAUGCAAGGGAGGCUGGGAGGUGAGGUGAGGGAUGGGGUUGGGUGUGACUAUGAAAGGGCAACAGAAGGCACCUGUGGGGUGUUGGAAAUGCUCCGUGCUGAGCGCGGCAAUGUGGGUGUCCUGUAGCGAUAGUGCAGUGCAGUUCUGCAAAUGCUACCUUUGGGCAAGCUGGGUAAAGGGUACACAGGAUCUCUCUAUGUUUUCUUGCAUCUGCAUGUGAAUUUACAAUUAUCUAAGAAUAAAAAGCUUAAUUUUAAAAGUAAGGCUUUGUGUGAAGAAGGAAUAUGUGGUUUCUCUCUCGUUGGUCCCUACAAGAAUGAGGAGUGGUGCUAUGUGCCAAAACAUGGCAGAAAUGAGGAUGACAAUGUUAGUUUUCUUUUGUUAACCCUUAAUGCAUGCAUUUGUGGAAGAGAUAUAAGACUUUUUUUAAAGUUUUUUAAAUGUUUCCAAUUUAAUGUUGAAUACAAAUUAAGAAUUCACAAAUACACUGUAUAGAUUUCAUGAGGGCACUUAGGAGGGGAGGGCAUCUUUAAAUUCUAACAUAAAUAUGUUGAGUUAGCCUUAGAUGUGUAUAGGUAUCCAGGACUGUACAUAAUAAUUCACCACUGAUGUUGAUAGUAAAGAAUUAAAUUUCCAGUCAUCCUUCUCUAAGUAUUCUUGGAAAUAAUCCAUCUUUUGUUUCUGCAAAAAAGCUAAUUAAAUAUGUCCCAGUCCCUUGUUAUUAUUUACAGUAAUUACAUAUCCAUAAAGUUGACAUGUAGUGUAAUUCUGAUGUUGGUUGCUUUAGAAUGCCUUGUAAAUAUUGGCUUUUUAUAAAAGAGUUGUUUUCUUGGUUGAAAUGUAUUUCUACUAUUUUUUCCAGAAAAUCUGCAUUUUGCUUUUAAUAAUUUAACUUUCAAGUACCAUCCUGAAAAUAAAAUUUCUCUAGCAUAAUUUACUUAUGCUCAUUUGAGUGCUAUAAAAACAAAUUGUUUUAAAAUUUGAAUUGUGAGGAACUUACGGUUUGUCUAUGCGCUGUAAUGCAUGUGGAGUAUAAAGUCUGUUUUCAAUGCUAGAUAUGUAUGUUUAACCAAAGACUGUUUCGUUAUUGCUAUGAUUUCAAUUAAAUAAAAUUAUGAACUUUC